AUGGAGGUAGAUGGCGGCAACAAGAGGAAGCGGAGUACCAUCGACGACGUACAGGAUGCAGGUUUCCUUUGUCAACAUUCACAGUGCGGUAUCUCAUUCUCGUCGUACUUUGCUAUGGAACGUCACAUGACUACUACCUUUCACGGUCGUUGUCUGUGGAAAGGAGGUGUAUGUAGCGUGAGUACGACAUCAACUCACUUCCGAGGCAAGAUGCCUGUUGGAGGUUCCAUACCAUUAGGGAUGUGCGAGUGUUGCUACCACCAGUGUUCGAGACCAAGAGACCUGAAACGGCACUACGAGGACGUGCACAUCCACAUUACGAAGGUUGAUACGACAACGACCGACCAGCAGCAGACGAUGAGUGUGACAGAGAUCAGUUUAGAGAAGGCUGUCAAAAGGAGGUUGAAGCAAGAGAUGAGAGAGAAUGGAGUCGAUCCAGAGUCGAGGAAGAAGAUACUUGAGACCUUCCACCUGAAGGCCUUCACCAAAUACAAACAAAACAAGGAGAGUACCAAAGAGCUGGAUGACUUUAGAACAAAGUACGAGGUGAAGACUUUGUGGCAACCUGUCAAUGGCAAGGAUGUUCCAGUCGGCGUAUGCAUGUCCAUUGGAUUGGUAUAUCUGGAUCUGCUGGAGAUGCUAAACAUCACAAAGACAAAGGCCAAGACGGAUCGACAGAAGCUGAAGAUGGCCUUGGACUCUGCACAGGUAGCUGGUAAUGGCCGGAACAUUCUGACAUUUACUCUAGAGAUAGUCAGUAGGCUGGGCAGCAUUGUUGAUUGCAAGUCGCCUUCCAAUAACAAACCGAUUGUUAUUUACCUGGGGAAGGAGGACACCGAGGAGUUCUUCAAGACAAUGAAGCCAAUGAUCGACACAAUCAAGAGGUUGCUGGUCGACAAUAUCAUCAGUGUGGGUGGCACAGACUACCCAGUGGAGCUCCUACUUUGCAACGACUACUACUGCGCAGCCCAAUUGUUUGGUUUGAUCGAUGUGUAUGCUCCAACAUCUUACUGGCUCUGCAUGUGGUGUUACUGCAACAGGAAUGAGGUUAAUGACUUCUCCCACGAGUGCCGCCAUCAGCUUCGACGAGAUGACAACAAACCUAAUCUAUUGGCACUGGCGCCUCCCCCAUCCGCAGCUAUGACCAAGAAGCCUGGCUUUGAGCAGUACGGUCAGGGUGGUCAGGUACACAUCCCAUGUGAGACAUCCAGGAAGAUCCCAUGCAGCCUCCAUCUGAAGAUCGGGACGACCAAACAAAUGACCAAGAAGACUGUCUGCAGGACGAUGUCAGAGAUGUUCAGAAAACUCACUGCACUGAGAAAGGAGAGGAAGAGGGAGAAGGCGGGCUAUGCGUCCAGUCUAAUGAAGAGGCAGGCCACUAAGAAGAAGUGUCGCAAGGCAUCUGGCACCAUUGAGAAGAAGAUUGGCGACUUACUCGAGGAGUGUGAGUCACGUAUCGCUAAACGCACAGACCAGCAAGUGAAGAUGCAUCUGGAGACACUGCGGGCCGCAGCAGCGGAGGCAGAGGAACCGAAAGAUCAACAUCAACAGCUUCAGGCCUUGUUUACCGAGAUGGGGGACCAGCGAGUAGUCGGAGUGACCAAGGCAAUGAUUGAUAAGCUGGAAGGUGUCAGUGUGGCUAUCAACCUGGUCGCUGCUCAGCAGCAGAAGAUCAAUGACGAUGACACAACAACAUACGAUGAGAAUGAUGCCAAGGUCAAGGAACUGAACGCCAGGAUCAAGGAGCUGCAGGACACGCUUGGAGAUGACAAACAACGAGAGAAGGAGAGGGUUGUGAGGCUCCUUAGCUUCCUGAAGAAGAAGAAGGUCACCAUCUACAAGUCAAAGGUCAUCGAUGACGAUACUGUCGAGACAAUCGUGGAGAAGAUCAGCUUUACCUACUCAGACUGUAUGAUCAUCAUCAACAAUCGAGCCGAGUUCAUUGAUUGUCUAACUGAUGAUGCCACUUUGAAGAAAGAGUUAUCUGAACUCUGGGAAGUCUAUGCUUACCUGGUAUGGGCCAUCGAACGAAGUGAGGAGGUAUACGUGACAGAUCAGAAGUGGCUCACAAUCUCCAAGGUCUUCGCUGAGAAGUACAGACUCCUGUUUCCACAAGCCACUAUCACGUCGUACAUGCACUGCUUUGUGUUCCAUGUUGGCCAAUUCACAGGCCUGCUAAAGAUGUCUCUCGACAGAAUGGCCAACUUUGGCAUUGAAUGUCGCCACAAGAUCGUCAAGUUGCUGGUGAAACGCUCCAAUCAUCACUGGGAUGAUGUGCUGUUCGGGAAGCUGCUGAUGAAGUGCUACCACUGGUAUGACAAACAAGGCAAAGAUACCAGGUCUCAAGAUGAGAGUGAUGCGACGCAACACUUGCUGACCAAGCGACACAAGUGGGCCACCUCUAUUGUUGAACGUAAACCAUCGCCAAAGCUCAUAGAGAAGAAACAUCUGUUCUAUAAAAAGAGAUAA